GCAGAAUCAUGACCACCUGGAGGUUCUGAGAUUCCAUUGGAUAGUUCCAGUGGAGAAAGACUAGACUCUUCAGAAGCUAACUGACUAGGGCAGGAUCAGGAAGACACUACACACCAGAAGGGAGGGAAUCCACGAUGGAAGAAUGCACUGAAGAUCAGCUAGACUUUGAGUCAGAGAAAAUGGAAAUCUUAAGAUUGGCCCAGUCAAAGAAGAACAUUAUCAGUUUGAACAUGGACCUUGAAAAGGAUAUGCAGAGAAUAGAUGAAGCAAAUCAGGAACUGCUUCUCAAAAUCCAUGAGAAAGAAAGUGAGGUUCAGAGUUCUGAAACUGCCAAUCAUGAGUCCUCACGGAGCAUGCUUGUGUCAUCCAGGCUGGAAAAUGAGAUCACCCAGACUGGAGACUCGGCAGAAGAUGAGGAGUGGGAGAAGGAGAACUGCACCACGAUGGAAAGGGAAACAGCCUUGCAGGAGCUGGAAGAAGAAACAGCCAGACUGGAAAGGAAGAAUGAGACUCUGGUCCACAGCAUAACAGAACUUCAAAGAAAGCUUACAAGGAAAUCUCAGAAGAUAACCAAGAGUGAACAAAGCAAUCUAGAUGGAACCCCUGAAGAGUCAAAGGUUAAGUUACAACAACUGGAAGCUUCCUGUGCAGACCAAGAGAAGGACCUGGUCAAGGUAAUGGAGGACUAUGCAUUUGUGGCCCAGCUCUGUGAAGACCAAUCCCUCUGCAUAAAGAAGUACCAAGAAACUCUGAGGAAAAUAGAAGAAGAACUAGAGACUCGGUUCCUUGAGAGAGAAGUAUCAAAAGUCUUGAGCAUGAACUCUGCAAGAAAAGAAUGUAGCAGCCAAAGUAAUGAGUGCAAUUCUAUCAGAAAGAAGGCAACAGAGUUUUGUAAAAGAAUUUUUCGCUACGUCUUUUUCACGACCCUAUUUUUCAUCAGACUGCUGGGCUACGUGUUUUUCCACUUAAGUUUUAUAAAUCCAGAUCUCCUUGUCGACAUCCUGCCCAAGAUCCUGAGCAGGGGCAUCCUGUGGAAGCUGCGCUGCUUCCUCUUCCCAUCCCUCACGCUUGAGACAGAGGACAUGCUGCCUCACUGAGCCGACAGACAUCCGCGAGCGACAGGCCAGUGCGGAUGGGAGAUGGCGACUCCUGUGGAGUGAAGAGGUUGCCCUCAGCCUUCCCCUCUACCUUCCUUCUCCAUGUCGCCUUUCCAAGACUAACCUUGCCCAGUAAAGAGUUCUGUCAA